GUUUCCUAUCGGACGCAUGUAGUAGCUGCUAUCAGACAACGGGAAGAGAUUUUGUAAUUUUUAUAAAUCUAACUUCAAGUGGACGCCCCCCCAUCAAGAUGUCUCGGGGCUCUAUUGAGAUUCCCCUACGGGACACAGAUGAGGUUAUUGAGCUUGACUUUGACCAGCUGCCAGAAGGAGAUGAGGUCAUCAGUAUCCUGAAGCAGGAACACACACAGCUGCACAUAUGGAUUGCUUUAGCGUUGGAGUACUACAAACAGGGCAAAACAGAGGACUUUGUCAAGCUCUUGGAGGCAGCUCGUAUCGAUGGAAACCUGGACUACAGAGACCAUGAGAAGGAUCAGAUGACCUGUCUGGACACACUGGCAGCUUACUACGUCCAGCAAGCACGUAAAGAGAAAAACAAAGAUGCCAAGAAAGAGCUCAUCACGCAGGCCACGCUGCUCUACACUAUGGCAGACAAGAUCAUCAUGUAUGAUCAGAACCAUCUGUUGGGAAGAGCCUGUUUCUGCCUGCUGGAAGGAGACAAGAUGGACCAGGCUGAUGCUCAGUUCCACUUUGUCCUCAAUCAGUCCACCAACAACAUCCCUGCUUUACUUGGUAAGGCCUGCAUCUCCUUCAAUAAGAAGGAUUACCGAGGAGCUCUGGCGUAUUACAAAAAGGCUCUACGUACAAACCCUGGCUGUCCAGCUGAGGUGAGGUUGGGGAUGGGCCACUGUUUUGUGAAGCUUAACAAACUGGAGAAGGCUCGCCUGGCUUUUGGUCGAGCCCUGGAGCUCAAUUCAAAGUGUGUGGGGGCUCUCGUUGGCUUAGCGGUCUUAGAGCUCAACAACAAGGAGGCAGAUUCCAUCAAGAAUGGGGUGCAGCUCCUGUCCCGGGCCUACACUAUCGACCCCAGCAAUCCCAUGGUGCUCAACCAUCUCGCCAACCACUUCUUCUUCAAAAAGGAUUACAGUAAAGUGCAGCAUCUGGCCCUCCAUGCUUUCCAUAACACUGAGGUGGAGGCCAUGCAGGCUGAGAGCUGCUACCAAUUAGCUCGCUCAUUUCAUGUGCAGGAGGACUACGACCAAGCAUUUCAGUAUUACUACCAGGCCACUCAGUUCGCCUCAUCUACCUUUGUGUUGCCCUUCUUCGGCCUCGGACAGAUGUACGUGUAUCGAAGAGACAAGGAGAACGCAGCACAGUGCUUUGAAAAAGUUUUAAAGGCUUAUCCCAACAACUAUGAGACAAUGAAAAUUCUGGGGUCUCUGUAUGCAACAUCUGAUGAUCAGGAAAAGAGAGACAUUGCCAAAGGUCAUUUGAAGAAGGUUACUGAGCAAUACCCAGACGAUGUAGAGGCGUGGAUUGAGCUGGCUCAGAUCCUGGAGCAGACUGACAUUCAGGGUGCAUUGUCUGCAUACGGCACAGCGACUCGCAUCCUGCAAGAGAAGGUGCAGGCUGACGUUCCCCCUGAGAUUCUCAACAACCUUGGGGCUCUUCACUUCAGACUGGGAAAUCUUGGCGAGGCAAAGAAAUAUUUCCUUGCAUCUCUGGACCGGGCCAAGGCUGAGGGAGAGCACGAUGAGCAUUACUAUAACGCCAUUUCUGUCACCACCUCCUACAAUCUGGCCCGUUUGUAUGAGGCAAUGUGCGAAUUCCAUGAAGCUGAGAAGCUCUACAAAAACAUCCUGAGAGAGCAUCCCAACUAUGUUGACUGUUAUUUGCGUCUUGGAGCAAUGGCUCGUGACAAAGGAAAUUUCUAUGAAGCUUCAGACUGGUUCAAAGAGGCUCUGCAGAUUAACCAGGAUCACCCAGAUGCCUGGUCCCUGAUUGGAAACCUUCACUUGGCCAAACAGGAAUGGGGUCCGGGUCAGAAGAAGUUUGAGCGUAUUUUGAAGCAGCCAUCCACACAGAACGACACAUACUCCAUGCUGGCUCUGGGUAACGUGUGGCUGCAGACUCUACACCAGCCAACCAGAGACAGAGAAAAGGAAAAGAGGCAUCAAGAUCGAGCCUUGGCAAUUUAUAAACAAGUCCUGCGAAAUGACGCCAAGAAUCUCUAUGCUGCUAACGGCAUUGGUGCUGUCCUGGCCCACAAAGGUUAUUUCAGAGAGGCUCGUGAUGUGUUUGCCCAGGUGAGGGAGGCCACAGCAGACAUCAGUGACGUCUGGCUGAAUCUGGCACACAUCUAUGUCGAACAGAAGCAGUACAUCAGCGCUGUGCAGAUGUAUGAGAACUGCUUGAAGAAAUUUUACAAAUAUCAGAACACUGAGGUGCUGCUGUACCUCGCGAGGGCGCUCUUCAAGUGCGGGAAGCUCCAAGAGUGCAAGCAGAUGCUUCUGAAGGCCCGACACGUGGCACCCAGUGACACAGUGCUGAUGUUCAAUGUGGCUCUAGUGCUGCAGAGACUGGCUACUCUGGUGCUGAAAGAUGAGAAGAGCAACCUGAAGGCUGUGCUGAGUGCUGUCAAAGAGCUUGAACUGGCCCACAGGUAUUUCAGCUACCUCAGCAAGGCUGGAGACAAGAUGAGGUUUGACCUCGCUCUUGCUGCAUCUGAGGCCAGGCAGUGCUCUGACCUUCUGAGUCAGGCUCAGUACCAUGUGGCGAGGGCCAGAAAGCAGGAUGAGGAGGAGAAGGAGCUCCGGGCCAAACAAGAACAAGAGAGGGAUUUGCUGCGCCAGCAAAUGUUGAAAGAACAGGAGGAAAAGAAGAGCAGAGAGAUAGAGGAGCAGAAGAAGCUCCUGGAGCAGAGAGCUCUCUUUGUGGAGAAGACCAAGAACCUGCUUACCUUCGCAGAGGGAGCAAAGGACAUGCCGAAGGAGAAGAAAAAAGGAGGUGGAGGAGGAGGGCGUCGCAAGAAAGGAGGCGACGUGGAUGAAUUUGUCAACGACGACUCUGACGAGGACCUGCCAGUGAGGAAGAAGAAGAAGAGGAAGGGUGGCAGUGACAGCGAGCAGGAAGAGGGGGGUGAGGAGGGAGAGAAGAAGCCUCGCAAGAAGAGGAAGAAGCUGGUUAAAGGAGGAGAUGACAGUGAUGAUGAGGAAGGAGCAUCUCGACCCAAGAAGCAGCGGAAACCCAAAGAACGCAAGAAGAUUGAAAAGCCUCAACCUGAACGUCUGCCACCGUCUCUCAAAGGAAAGAUUAAGUCAAAGGCCAUCAUCUCUUCCUCCGAGUCGUCUUCAGAUGAAGAUGGGCUGAAAAUCGCUGAAGACAGACAACCAAGAGACAGUGGCUCAGGAUCUGAUGACGAUGGCGGCCACAGGAAGCGCAUUGCAUCCGACAGCGACUCAGAUGGUGGAAGGAACCGGUCUGGCAGUGAAGCGGGCAGCCCUCGACGCUCUGCAGGCUCAGAGGAUGAUGACUCCGGCAGCGACCGUCCGGUGAAAAAGCGGAGGGUUCAGCGGCAGUCCGACUCUGAGCAGUCAGACAACGAAAGCAAAAGGAGCCGAUCAGGAUCAGACGACGAGUCCAGGCCUGGAUCACCCGCAGCAGCAUCUGAUAGAGGAUCAGACCGGGGAUCUGACGCAGGGUCCGACAACGAGGGCUCCCCACGCCGUCAGAGCGGCUCUGAACCUGAAGGCUCCAACAAUGAUGACGACGACAGCGAUUAAAUCUGAAAUCUGUGUCAAAGACUUAUCCCACGUAAUACUGAGAGAUUCUUUAUGUCUGCAUUUUUAUUGUUUUCUAUUCAAAUCAAAAAUCUCUGUAUGAUCUGUUUGACUCAGACCAGUGAGGUGUAGGUCCUCCAUCACAGUGCAAAGCUCUUUUCCUCACGUCUUAGUGGAGAUGUUUCACAGAAGCUGUGGUUAGUUAAAAAUGGAUAUAGUUUGAUGUGGAAUUAAAAGGUCAAUGCAUCAUCCUUUAAUUUUUUUAAAAUCACAGAUCAGAAAAGAUACUGAAAAUGGGAAGCUGCAUCAACACAAGGUUGAAUAAAAAAAGAAAAAGA